AUUCCUAUAUAAAGGAAACUCUUUCGUUCCAAACUCAACAACAAAGCUCAAAAGCAAAGCACUCUAAAAUUCCGAAAAUGCCAUCCGCCGGAGCACAUAUUCUCGUCUAUCCAUUCCCAACCCCAGGCCACAUCAUCCCUCUACUCGAUGUCACACACCGCUUACUCAGCCGCGGCUUAAACGUCACCGUUUUAGUCACCCCCAACAAUUCCUCUUUACUCGACACCUUAACAUCCUCCCACCCUUCCUCCUCCUCACUCCAAACCUUGAUCCUCCCGGCACCGUCGUGGUCAACUUCUUCAACGAACAGGCUUGUCGGUGUGAUCCGCGGAUUGCAAGAACUUCAUUAUCCUGAGCUCCUUGCUUGGUUCAAAUCUCACCCUUCACCUCCUGUUGCUAUUCUCUCUGAUUUUUUCCUCGGUUGGACUCGAAAGUUAGCUUCUGAGGUCGGCGUGCCACGUGUUGUGUUCUCGCCGUCCGGCGCUCUUGCACUGUCGGUUGCUUAUUCUAUGUGGACGGAUUUACCAAAGAACGAAGAUCCAAACAACCUCAAUUUUCAGGUACCGUUUCCGAAAAUUCCCAAUUGUCCGACUUACCCUUGGUUUCAGAUCCAUCGUAUUUAUCGGGAAGGUGGAGAAGGAGAUCCGGAUUGGGAACUGUACAGAAGCUGCUUUCUUCAAAACAAAGCGAGUUGGGGAGUGGUGUUCAACUCAGCGGCUGAGUUGGAACGAGAUUAUAUCGAUCACAUUAAAAAAGACGCCGGUCACGAUCGUGUUUGGGCUGUGGGGCCUGUUCUGCCACCGGAUGACGAUUCGGUCGGAUCCACAUCACGUGGCGGAUCCACCGCCGUGCCAAGUCAGGACGUCCUCAAGUGGCUAGACUCUCGUCAAGACGAUUCAGUCGUUUAUGUAUGUUUCGGCAGCCGUCAGGUCUUAAAUUCUAAACAGACGGAGGUGCUAGCCGCCGGUUUGGAGAAAAGCGGCGUCAAUUUCAUAUGGUGCGUCCGGGAAAUCAACGAAAGAAACGCCGGAUCCGAACACGGCGAGCUCCCUGACGGAUUCGAAGAUCGUGUUGCCGGUAGGGGUUUCAUCAUCAAAGGAUGGGCUCCACAGGUUGCCAUAUUAAGGCACCGAGCCACCGGCGCGUUUUUGACGCAUUGCGGUUGGAACUCAACCUUGGAAGGGAUUUCCGCCGGCGUUGUGAUGCUGACGUGGCCGAUGAGCGCCGACCAGUUCACAGACGCGCAACUCUUGGUUGAUGAACUGGGAGUGGGGAUCCGAGUUGGGGAAAAUACAGAGAGAAUUCCUGACCCAACAAAGUUGGCUCAAUUGUUUGCCGAAUCUGUGGAUGGAAGAGGACCUCAGAGAAAGAAAGCGAAAGAACUCAAAAAGGCUGUGAUGAGGGCGGUAAGAAAAGGAGGAAGCUCAGAUAGAGAUUUGGAUGAAUUUGUUGAGAGUAUAAAUAAGCUUGGAAAAUGAAGUUGGGGUGGAGAUGACCGGGUUGUUGAAGGCAUUCUCCAUUUUAUCCCAAAAACAAAUUGUGUUGCAGAUUGGAUUGCAAAAAAAAGGCGUUACUUCCGUAGAUUUUUCUUAAAAUGUAUUUUUACAUUUUUUCUGAGCUUGGAGUGAUCCUAAAGCGUGAUUUUAGAAGAGUCUUAGCGUACUUUCGAUUUAUUUGAAACUAUAUUUUAUGUA